AUGGGUGACCAGCGUCAGAAUUCAGACCGCAGCGACCCUGCAGACUUGGAAAAAGAGCUGGAAUCGCGAACUUCGAAUGUCGAUUCUCCCUCCGGCGGCUUCCGAAAGGAGGAAUCCGAAGGCAAAAUCCUACUCUCCGAGGAGCAAGUUCUCAACCGGGCGAGAGAGCUUCCUGACAAUGCCGAGUCUGUCUAUUUGACUUUUUCCGUCGAUGACAGGGACAUUCCGCGGAAUUGGCCAAAAUGGAAGAAGUGGUACAUCACUUGUUUCGUCAGCAUGCUGAACGUCCUCACCUGCCUUUGCGCAGGCGGGUACAGUUCCGGCCAAGAGCAGCUCAUAGAGACUUUCUCUGUUUCUGCCGAAGUCGGAACCGUGGGCCUGUCCAUGUACAUCCUGGGCUUCGCUGUCGGGCCUCUCAUGCUGGCACCUUUGUCUGAAUAUUUUGGUCGAAGCCCAGUCUACGUGUGGUCCUGGCUGCUUCUCGUCAUAUUCCAGAUUCCGCUUGCCCUUGCGCCAAAUAUCGGAACCGUCAUCGUCUGCCGUUUGCUGCAGGGCUUCUUCGGCAGCGCACCGCUUACAAACACCGGAGGCACCGUCAGUGAUCUCUGGGCGAGAAAUGAUUGCGGAAGCGCCAUGGCCAUCUAUGGAUUGAGCAGUACAUUCGGUCCACCUCUCGCUUUGGUCAUCAGUGGCUACAUUGCUUUGAACAAAGGCUGGAGAUGGUUGUUCUGGGUGUACUUGGCCAUCUUCGGAGGUGUCUGGAUCCUCCUUGUGCUCACCGUCCCCGAGACGCGCGCUUCAAUCAUCCUCGAGAAAAAGGCAAACCGCGUCCGCAAGCAGCUACGCGCCGAAGGCUUCGACUCCGCGGCCGACAACCUCCUCGACGCCGAUGCCGACGAGAAGAAGAGCCUGCACACGCUCUUCGCCAUCACGCUCACCCGACCCAUCCGCUUUCUCUUCACCGAGCCUAUCACCUUCUUCGCCGCCCUCUACAACGGCUGGAUCUACGGCAUCGUCUACCUCCUCAACGAGUCCUUCCCGCUCGUCUUCGGCGACGGCCACGGCUUCAACGCCGGGCAAUGGGGCUGCAGCUUCGCGGGGCUAGCCAUCGGCAGCCUCGUGGCGGCAUCGCUGCACCUACCACUACAAGAGCGCUACUACCUGCGCCGCGUGGCCGCCGCCGGCGGCACGGGCGUGCCCGAAGCCCGCAUGCACCUCGCGCGCUUCGGCACCUUCCUGCUGCCCGUCUCGCUGUUCUGGUUCGCCUGGACCAGCUACCCUUCCGUGCACUGGAUCGUGCCCAUCGUCGCGAGCGCGUUUUUCGGCGCCGGGAUAUACAUCAUCAUCUUGGCGAUCUUGAACUACGUUGUUGAUAGCUAUCAGACGUAUAGCGCGUCGGCGCUGGCGGGCGUGAUACUGGUAAGGAAUCUGGUGGGUGCCGGGUUUCCGUUGUUCGGGAAGCAGAUGUAUCAGACGCUGGGGUGGGAGUGGGCGGGGACGUUGCUGGCGUUUUUGAGUAUACCGCUGUGCGCGAUUCCGUUCGUGUUCUUUUAUAAGGGGGAGGCGAUUAGGUUGAAGAGUCCGUGGGCGAGGGAACACUUUGGGCAGGACGAGGAUAAGCCGCAUUGA